AUGGGAGGAAGUUCUAGUUUCAGGGAUGAGUAUACCUUCGAACAAAGGCUUGAAGAAUCGCGGGAAAUUGUGGCCAAAUACCCCGAUCGUGUCCCCGUGAUUGUGGAAAGAUAUGCCAAAUGCGAUCUUCCUGAUUUGGAGAAGAAAAAAUACCUUGUUCCUCGAGACUUGUCUGUUGGACAUUUCAUUCAUAUUUUGAGUUCCAGACUUAGUCUGCCCCCUGGAAAAGCUCUCUUUGUUUUUGUGAAGAAUACCUUGCCUCAAACUGCUAGUAUGAUGGACUCUGUCUACAGAUCAUUCAAGGAUGAGGAUGGAUAUCUUUACAUGUAUUAUAGCACCGAGAAAACCUUUGGCUCGUGCACAAUGUAA